AUGCUCCGUUCCAGACCUCCUCUACCCGGUGAUCAGUGUCGUUAUGAACUCCGAAGAAAAUUAGAGACGAAAUGCGUCUUAUCCAAAAUGAUCUCUUCCCAACAAAGUUAUCCCCUCCACCAGGUCGCCACCCUUCGCUUCCCCAUUUCCGCCACCAUCGCCUCCCUCGCCUUCACCCGCCACCACUUGCCACUCAUAUCCGCCUCCUCUCUCCACCAUCCCCACUCCCAACAAGUAACUACUCCAAAUUCUAACCCCACAAUCACUUCAACGAACCAAGAUAAAAUUCUCCGAACACACAACGCAAAAUCCACCUCCCUCCUCUUGUCAACAAACAAAACUUCUUCUACAUCCCCAAAUCCAAGUGGGUAUGAUUAUGAUGAAAUGUCGAAGCUUCUGGAGUUGUCAAUGGCUAAAAAAAGGACCCCUCAAUUUCCAGGCUCAAUCUAUGUCCAAUCUCCGGACGACGUCGAUGUAAACUCUUCUUUACCUGAAAUCAAAGAAGUGUUUAAUGGAGAAAACGAUGAUUACAAUUAUGAAGUGAUUUUGAGGGCACUUGAGAUUAGGAGGGAAGUGACGUUAGAAAUUUUCAAGGAAGCUAUGAGAAAAGGGAAAUUUGGGAUCACUUAUUCUACGAAUUUGGCUUCAAGAUUGUUCCCUGAGUUCAUUGACUACGUUAUGAUCCAAGCCGCCUCAAUGAAACAGUUGCCUGAAUAUGCUAAUUCAUCCUUUAAUGUUCGUGCCAAAGCUUGCUUAGAGACCUCCAAUGUCGUCCCUCUAAUAAGGUGGCUAAAACAUAACGGAUUAUCAUAUCCCCAAAUCGGGAAGCUAAUUUGCAGUGCAAGAGGAAAUAUGGAAUCGAUUAGGAGUACAUCCGAGUGGCUCAAGUCAAUUCAUGUGGAUGGGAGAUUUAUUGGGGUUGCAUUACUUAGAGCAGGAAAGAAUAUAUUGGAGAGGGACAUUGAAGAGUUGGAUGAGAUAGUUUGUUACUUGGAAAUGAAUGGAGUUAGAAGGGAGUGGAUGGGUUAUGUGAUUAGUAGGUGUCCAGAACUUUUGUCUUUUAGCAUGGAAGAACUCAAGAUUCGAAAAGAUUUUUAUUUCGAUAUGGGUAUGAAUGAGAGAGAUUUCGGGACAAUGGUUUUUGAUUUCCCCAAAGUUCUUGGAUUCUAUUCUCUUGAGGAAAUGAACCAAAAGGUUGCAUAUCUGAAGGAGUUUGGGCUUGGUAAUGAAGAUGUGGGGAGAUUAGUAGCAUUUAGGCCACAAUUAAUGGGAUGUAGCAUUGAAGAAAGAUGGAAGCCUCUUGUUAAGUACUUUUAUUAUCUUGGGAUUUCUCGAGAUGGUAUGAGGAGAAUUCUUACUGUAAAACCCAUGGUCUUUUGUUUUGAUAUGGACACCAAUCUUGUUCAAAAGGUACAAUUCUUCCGUGACAUUGGCGUUGAAGAAAAGGGAAUUGCUAGUAUGCUUGUCAAGUUUCCUUCAUUACUAACUUACAGUCUCUACAAGAAAUUACGGCCCGUGGUGAUAUUUUUAUUGACAAAAGCGGGAGUUUCUCAAACUAACAUUGGAAAGGUGAUAGGUUUGGGGCCUGAGCUUUUAGGGUGCAGCAUAUCAAAGAAAUUGGAGCCUAAUGUGAAAUAUUUUUUGUCACUUGGUAUAGACCUUAAGACAUUGGGUGAAAUGAUUGCUGAUUUCCCCAUGCUUCUUCGCUACAAUAUUGAUAUUCUUCGCCCUAAAUAUCGGUUUCUAAGAAGAACAAUGGUCCGACCUCUAAACGAUCUCAUAGAGUUUCCACGUUUCUUUAGCUAUUCUCUCGAAGAUCGGAUUAUACCUCGGCACAAGAUUCUUGUGGAUAAUCGUGUAAAUUUCAAGCUUCGUUACAUGCUCUCAACCACAGAUGAUGAAUUCCAUCAAAGAGUAGAGGCUGCGGUUCAAAGGCGUGACAGGUUUGAAUCCGGAAUCUCAGACGACAUACAAUUAGAUUCUCCGAGAGACAACGCUUUGGAUGAUGAAUUCUCAAUCCUUAGAGAUUGAAUUUAGUUAACAGUUGAUCCUUGAUGGAUAGAUAUUUGUAUAUAGUAUGGUUUGUAAGGUACAAAUCACUAGAGCCAUGAAAAUGAUAUCAUUUGUAAUCUAAUUAGUAAAAACAUCAUUUUCUGCCCUUCAAAGAAAACAAAUUUACAACU